AUGGGAAGGACUGGUAAUGUGAAAAAAUGCCCCUUGGUUUCUGAGGCUGUUAGUAAGGAGCUAUGGGAAUACUUCAAUCGUCAGAAAGAAAAGAAGGUAGUUGAUCGAACCCGAGUUCCUACUGAUCUUGAUCUUGCAAGCCUAGGAUAUGGUGAAAGUGAAAGUGAAGAUGAACUUGUGGCCUCAACCGCACAAGCUAGGAGGAAGACUAAUAUUGGAACAAAGAAUAUUACUAAGUCUAAAAAGGGGCCAAUGGACUUGUUUGUGAGAAAUCCUGAAGAUGCAAUCAAAAAAAGAAAAAAGGAGAAUUUGAGGCAAGAAAAUAUCAGGGCUUCAUGUGAUAAAGAAGCCACUGCUAGGGUCCAUCAAUACAUAGCUCGCUUUUGGUAUCAAGCUGGUUUGUCCUUCAAUGUUAUCAAGUUGAGCAGCUUUGACGAAAUGGUUCAAGCAAUUGGUUGCUUUGGUAAAAACUUGCGAGUUCCUAGCUAUCAUGAAAUCAGAGUUCCACUCUUGCAAAAGGAAGUGGAUUAUACUGAAAAUCUUAUGAAAGGUCACAAGGAGGAAUGGGCCAUGAAUGGGUGCUCUAUUAUGUCAAAUGCAUGGACCGAUCGGAAGCAAAGAUGCUUGAUCAACUUCUUGGUUAACUCUCCUGCUGGGACUAUGUUUGUGAAAUCCAUUGAUGGAUCUGAUUUUGUGAAGACUGGGCAGAAGUUGUUUGAGAUGCUUGAUACUCUUGUGGAGGAGAUAGGAGAGGAAAAUGUUGUUCAAGUUGUUACCGAUAACGAAAGCAACUAUGUCUUGGCUGGUAAGUUGUUGGAAGAGAAGAGGAAGAACCUUUACUGGACUCCUUGUGCUGCUCAUUGCGUGGACUUAAUUCUUGAAGACAUUGGGAAGAUUCCUUCGGUUAAGAAGACAAUUCGGAGUGCCAUAUCUCUUGUUGGGUUUAUUUAUAGUCAUUCAAGCACUUUGAGCUUGUUGAGGCAUUGCACCAACAAAAGGGAGUUGGUAAGGCAUGGGGUAACAAGAUUAGCUACAUCCUUCCUAUCAUUAGAAAGGAUUUUGCAAGAGAGACCAAGACUUAAGAUCAUGUUUGCUUCCGAAGAGUGGUACGAGAACAAGUUGUCUAAGAGUGCUAAAGGGAAGGCAGCAACAAAAACUGUGGUUAAGCCUUCUUUCUGGAAACAUGUGAUUUACACUAUUAAGGUGAUGUCUCCUCUUGUUGAAGUGCUGCGUUUGGUUGAUGGUGAGAAGAAACCUGCCAUGGGGUAUAUUUAUGAGGCAAUGUGUAGGGCUAAAGAAACCAUUGCAAACAGCUUCGACAAAGAUGAAAGCAAAUACGAAGAUGUGAUGAAGAUCAUUGAUGAGAGGUGGUCUUGCCAACUCAAUAGGCCAUUGCAUAUUGCUGGACGCUUCUUCAAUCCAGAAUAUUACUAUGACAAUCCUGGUAUGGAGUUCGAGAGAGACGUUAUGUUGGGAGUGUAUCAAGUUGUUGGGAGGUUGGUGAAAGAUGAAAGUCUUCAUAACAAGAUCACUGAAGAGAUGCAUAUUUAUAAGACUGCAGAUGGUAUGUUUGGACAUAAAUUAGCAAUAGACCAAAGGAAGACCAUUACUCCAGCUACAUGGUGGAGAAGCUUUGGUCAUUCAGCACCAAAUUUGCAGCGCCUUGCCAUGAAAGUAUUGAGUUUGACAUGUAGUGCAUCCGGGUGUGAGCGCAAUUGGAGUGUGUUUGAGCAGAUUCAUUUCAAGAAGAGAAAUAGGCUUGAGCAUAAGAAAAUGCAUGAUUUGGUUUAUGUUAAAUAUAACCAAAAGCUCAAGCAAAGACAUAACUAUAGAGAUGAGAUUGACCCCAUCACUCUCAACAAUAUUGAUGACUGUAAUGAGUGGCUUGUGGGAGACAUGAUGGAUGAUGAUAUGGUUCAUGAUGGAGAUGAUACUCUAUCUUGGAAAACUGUCUAUGAGGCUUCGGGGCUUGGAGAACCUAUGACAUAUACUAGGCGGAGAACAAGUAUGCAAAAAAAGAAAAGUGAUUCAAGUGCAGCAAAAGCUUCUAAAAAAGGUGGCACAUCUUCAACUUCAUCAUCUCAAUCCGCAAGGGCUGCAACCGCAAGAGGAAAGAGGCAUGUUGGUCAAGAAGAUGAUGAAAAUGAAUGGCAAGAGAUUCUUGCUGAAGUGGCGGAAGAGCAAGCUGAAGAAGAUGGAUUUGAGGAUGAGGAUUCAGAUUCAGAAGGAGAAGAGGAAGAGGGAUAUGCUGCACUAGAUGGCAUUGACACUCAAGUUCACUACACUACAUUAGGAUUGGAUGAUUAG